GAUCCCACAUUUGUUGAGCGGUUGUGUUCAGACACAGACAAUCCAAGAUGCCUGGAUCUGUGAAAUUACGCAGCAUCAAAAAACUUGGACGCGAAAAUAACGGCUACGAUUUAUCUGAUGAAGAAACAAAUGGCUCCUACUUGUCCAUGACAUCCCCAAAACAGGACACAAAGUCUUCGGGCAAGGACGAUGUAGCCGCUAUCAGGGUUGGCUUCUUCCAGCUGUUCCGCUUCGCCAGCUGCAGGGAGGUUCUGAAGAUGUCUUUGGGAGGUGUGUGUGCGGUGCUCCACGGCUCCGCCCAGCCCCUCAUGCUGCUGGUGUUCGGCAUGCUGACCGACACCUUCAUCGACUAUGACAUUGAGCUGACGGAGCUGAGCGACCCCAGGAAGGAGUGCGUCAACAACACCAUCCAGUGGAGGCAGAACUACACCAGCCCGGACGCCCACAACCACACCGACCACUUCAACCAGACCGUGGUGAACUUCCUGAACCAGUCCAGCUGGGCCGAGCUGAACCAGUCAACUGGAGGGCGAUCGUGUGGGCUCCUGGAUAUUGAAUAUGAGAUGACCAAUUUCGCCUACUACUACGUUGCCAUAGGAACGGCUGUUUUCUUGCUGGGUUACCUUCAGAUCUCCCUCUGGGUGUCGUCUGCGGCCAGACAGAUCCAGAUAAUCAGGAAGAUGUACUUCAGUAAGGUGAUGAGGAUGGAGAUUGGCUGGUUUGACUGCAACUCCGUGGGGGAGUUGAACACCCGCAUGUCAGAUGACAUCAACAAGAUAAACGAUGCGAUCGCGGACCAGGUGAGCAUCUUCAUCCAGCGCUUCACCACCUUCGUGUGCGGCUUCCUCAUGGGCUUCGUGAAGGGCUGGAAGCUCACCCUGGUCAUCAUCGCAGCCAGUCCUCUGAUUGGUGUAGGGGCUGCUCUCAUGGCUCUGUUCGUGGCCAAGCUGACAGGUCAGGAGCUGCAGGCGUACGCCAAGGCGGGUGCUGUGGCUGACGAGGUCCUGUCCUCCAUCAGAACUGUGGCGGCCUUCGGGGGGGAGAAGAAGGAAGUGGAGAGGUACGACAGGAACCUGCUGUCGGCACAGCGCUGGGGAAUCAGGAAGGGGCUGAUAAUGGGGUUCUUCACAGGCUACAUGUGGUUCAUCAUCUUCCUGUGCUACGCUCUGGCCUUCUGGUACGGAUCCAGUCUGGUGGUGGACUCCGGGGAGUACACACCUGGGACCCUGCUACAGGUGUUCUUCGGCGUGCUGAUAGCAGCUCUGAACCUGGGCCAGGCGUCUCCCUGUCUGGAGGCUUUUGCCUCCGGGAGGGGCGCGGCCACCAUCAUCUUCGAGACCAUCGACCGGGAGCCAGAGAUUGACUGUUUUUCUGAAGCGGGGUACAAACUGGACAAAGUCAAGGGAGACAUUGAGUUUCACAACGUGACCUUUCACUACCCGUCCAGACCAGAGGUCAAGAUCCUGGACCAGCUGAGCGUAGUGGUGAAGUCUGGGGAGACGACAGCCUUCGUGGGCCCCAGCGGAGCGGGAAAAAGCACGGCUGUUCAGCUCAUCCAACGCUUCUACGACCCCAAGGAGGGCAUGGUGACCCUGGAUGGUCAUGACAUCAGAGGCCUCCACAUCCAAUGGCUGCGCUCGCUCAUCGGCAUCGUGGAGCAGGAGCCCGUCCUGUUCGCCACCACGAUCGCGGAGAACAUCCGCUACGGUCGCCCUGGAGUCUCCAUGGACGACAUCGUCAUGGCAGCCAAGGAGGCCAACGCCUACAACUUCAUCCAGGACCUGCCACAGAAGUUUGACACGAUGGUGGGAGAGGGCGGAGGCCAGAUGAGCGGAGGGCAGAAGCAGCGUAUCGCCAUCGCCCGGGCGCUGGUGAGGAACCCCCGCAUCCUGCUGCUGGACAUGGCCACCUCUGCCCUGGACAACGAGAGUGAGGCCGUGGUGCAGGAGGCUCUGGACAAGGUCCGCAUGGGGCGCACCACCAUCUCCAUCGCCCACCGCCUGUCCACCAUCAAGAACGCCGACGUGAUCGUGGGCUUCGAGCACGGACGGGCCGUGGAGAGGGGCAAGCACAACGAGCUGCUGGAGAGGAAGGGGGUCUACUUCACCCUGGUCACCCUGCAGAGCCAGGGAGACAAGGCCCUCAACCAGAAGGCUCGCCAGAUGGCUGACAGCGAGGCAGCCCGUCAGGAGGAGAAAAAGAGUCUCUCCAGGGCUGGAAGCUACCGAACCAGCUUCAGAGCCUCCAUCCGCCAGAGGUCGCGUUCCCAGCUGUCCAGCCUCGUCCCAGAGGCCUCGAUGCCCAUCGCUGCUGAGCUGGGCCCCAGGGCUUACUCUGUCUCCCAGGGCGAUAUGAAAAUGAGUGCCGUCGUGGAGGAGGAAGAGGAGGAGGAGCAUGUGGAGCCGGCCCCAGUGGCCAGGAUCCUGAAGUACAACGCCCCUGAGUGGCCUUACAUGGUGGUGGGCACCAUCGGAGCCGCCAUCAACGGAGGGGUCAACCCUGUCUACUCCCUGCUCUUCAGCCAGAUCCUGGCGACGUUCUCUGUGUUAGACCCCGUGGCUCAGAAGAAGGAGAUCAAUGGGAUCUGCAUGUUCUUCGUGGUUGUGGGUGUGGUCUCCUUCUUCACACAGAUGCUUCAGGGCUACGCCUUCUCCAAGUCGGGGGAGUUGCUGACCAGCCGACUGAGGAGACUGGGCUUCCAGGCCAUGCUGGGUCAGGAGGUCGGCUGGUUCGACGACCACAGGAACAGCCCCGGGGCGCUGACCACACGCCUGGCCACGGACGCCUCCCAGGUCCAGGGGGCUACCGGCUCCCAGAUUGGCAUGAUCGUCAACUCCAUGACCAACAUCGGCGUGGCGGUCAUCAUCUCCUUCUACUUCAGCUGGAAGCUCAGCCUGGUGAUCAUGUGCUUCCUGCCCUUCCUGGCUCUGUCCGGAGGCUUCCAGGCCCGCAUGCUGACCGGCUUCGCUAAGCAGGACAAGCAGGCCAUGGAGACGGCCGGGCGGAUCUCUGGCGAGGCCCUCAACAACAUCCGCACAAUCGCUGGCCUGGGGAAGGAGAGGAGCUUCGUCCAGAUGUACGAGGCCCAGCUGGAGAGCCCCUACCAGGCCGCCCUGAAGAAGGCCCGAGUGUACGGAGCCUGCUACGGCUUCGCCCAGUGCGUCGUCUUCAUGGCCAACUCUGCCUCCUACAGGUUCGGAGGCUACCUGGUCAGGCAGGAGGGCCUGCACUUCAGCCUGGUGUUCAGGGUGAUCUCUGCCAUCGUGACCAGCGGCACGGCGCUGGGCCGGGCGUCCUCCUACACACCCGACUACGCCAAGGCCAAGAUCUCCGCUGCUCGCUUCUUCCAGCUCCUGGACCGCGUGCCCACGAUCAGCGUGUACAGCCAGGGCGGAGACAAGUGGGAUAACUUCAAAGGCGACCUGGAGUUCAUCGACUGCAAUUUCACGUACCCCACCAGACCAGACAUUCAGGUGCUGAACGGGCUGAGCGUGUCGGUGAGGCCCGGUCAGACCCUGGCGUUUGUGGGCAGCAGCGGCUGUGGAAAGAGCACCAGCGUGCAGCUGCUGGAGAGGUUCUACGACCCCGACCACGGCAAGGUGAUCAUCGACGGUCAUGAUUCGACGCACGUCAACGUCCAGUUCCUGCGCUCCAAGAUCGGCAUCGUGUCCCAGGAGCCCAUCCUGUUCGACUGCAGCAUCGGCGAAAACAUCAAGUACGGGGACAACCUGAGAGAAGUGGGCAUGAACGACGUGAUCUCCGCCGCCAAGAAAGCCCAGCUCCAUGACUUUGUGAUGUCGCUGCCCGAGAAAUACGACACCAACGUGGGGUCGCAGGGUUCACAGCUGUCCCGCGGUCAGAAGCAGCGCAUCGCCAUCGCCAGGGCGAUCAUCCGAGACCCCAAGAUCCUGCUGCUGGAUGAAGCCACAUCCGCCCUGGACACGGAGAGCGAGAAGACGGUGCAAGAUGCACUGGACAAAGCUAGGGAGGGCCGAACCUGUAUCGUCAUCGCUCACCGCCUCUCCACCAUCCAGAACUCUGACAUCAUCGCCGUCAUGUCGCGAGGCUUCCUCAUGGAGCAGGGAUCACAUGACCACCUCAUGUCCCUCAAGGGGGCCUAUUACAAACUAGUCACCACAGGGGCACCAAUCAGCUAACUGCUCAAAGGGAUGGUAACCAAUCAAAAGAGAAGGAAACAGAACCAGGAAAUGCUCUUCCCCUCCAGUCGGAUCUGUCUGUAUUUAUUUUCGCAGCUUGAGGCUUGUCAUGCUGUGAAGGGUGAAAGUGGGUGAACCUAGAAG